AUGAGAAUCACAGCCUCCAGAUUCAGCAGCCAUGUGGCUACUCAUAUGACGCGGCCGUCGUCAGUUCGCCCUCUGUCAACCACGGCCAGAUUACGCGCAUCAACGCCGCCACCAGCAUCGGAGAAUGGAGCGAUCAAUUCGAGAUGGCUCUCCGACCUGCAGAAUACAUUGAAAAAGUCUCUGGCGCUCAAGAUUGCACCAUCAAAGGCCGAGGAAGUGAAGGAACGACUGGCCUAUCUGGACGAGAAUUGGCUGCAGCUCUCCGCUGGACGGGAGGGAUACUUGGCUGACGAGGAGAGGAGGGGGGUUGACCGGCAUGCUGUGCAAUGGGGAGACAUGGACAUGAUGGUGAGACACGUAAACAACGUCAUCUAUAACCGAUUCGCCGAGUCUGGUCGCGUCAACUGGACAAGAAAACUCUCCCGGUUUUCCGACCCCAAGUACGAGCAGGAAUGGUACGACCUGAUGACCCCCAAAGGCGUCGGCCUGAUCCUCGCAAGCAUCAGAACCGACUUCAAAUUCCCCAUGACAUUCCCAGACCGCGUCACGGUGCUGCACAAGCUGGUCACGAAGCCGGACUACAGCUCUGACCGGUUCUACCUGGAGGCUGUCAUGUACUCGGAGCAGCACAGACGGGUGGCGGCGAAGUGCUUUGAGGAUAUCGUGGUGUAUGACUACAAGGCUGCCAAGAAGGCGCCCUUGAAGCCUUUUAUGGUUGAUGUGAUGCGGAAUACGUUUGAGCUGCAGGAGCAGAGGAAGCCCGAAGCUGAGAAGAAGGUGGCUGAGCUGCAUGCGUUUGUCAAGGAGGUGGAGGACGGUGCUGGUGCUGUCUGA